AUGACCUUUGAAAACAGAGGGGCUUGCUACGGCCCUCGGUGCAAGCCCCAGCCCCCAGUGCCUGAUGGAAAGCUGCCAUCACCGGAAAGCGAAGAUCAACAAGAGCAUGGGCAUGGUCCUGGUCGGCCGGCGCCUGUAAAGCUGCUGCUACCCACCAGAAACGGCAGCUCAGCCUCGACGAGCCAGGGCCAUAGGCAGUCAGUCCUUCACAAAGGGGAGGAUCUCAAGGAGAUGAGUGAGACUUCCAAUGGAGAGGCGGCUUUGAGGUUGGAGCACAGGCAGUGGUGGCCCAGGCAGUCAUUGCAGCUGUUUCGUCUCCAAAGUAAGGACUGCAAAAAUCGGGACAGGUUCAAACGGAGAGUUGCUGACUUUGUUCGAAAGCAGUGUGCAUCCGAUCAGAUGGAUGGCCAAUUGCAUGGGGACCACGGCAACAAAGCCAGUACAAGCGGGAGAUACUCAACUGUGGGUGGGGAUUUUUCUUUCCCUGUCCUGAAGAGUCCAGAUCUUGCCAGCAGGGGAUCCAUUGCAUCGACAUCUUCCAGUCCGCCAAAAGCAACUGCCACCAGUCGGCACAGAGGUAUGGGGACCCUACCAAAUAAGGCUAUUCAGUCAACCCCAGGGUCAUCUUCGCUGGUACAGUAUUCAGCAAUCUUUUUGACAGAAUCCAGUAAAAGAUCGCUUCUGGAACAUGUGCAGCCAAUACAUCCGAUGGUGAAGGCUGAUCGCAUGGUGUUGACCCACAAACCAGGGUCUGAUUUACUACCUAUGCUGCUGGAACUGCCUUUAGGUGCAGAAGUGACCUUGGUGGUUUCUGGAGAAGCCACAGAUGUGUCUUACCAGGCAGUUGCUGUAACACCACCUGUGCACCUCCUUGGGAAGUUCCCCAACUGGGACGUCCCACACGUUGCAGUAUCCAUGGUGCCAGGCGUUACCCCAAGGGAGGCUGGCCCUUUGGUGAAGGCGGCAAUGAAAGGAGAGAGGGGACAGUUCAGCACUUGGACUAAGCCAAUUUUUAUUUCAGGAUAUGUUGGGAUGCAGUUGGCUAAUAAGAGGGUGGUGAAGUCAUGGGAGCAGAUGGCCAAAGACACUGGAAUCGAUUUUCUGAGUAUGAAAGCUGCCUUUGGGUUGUGCAGCAGGAGGGUUUACUGGAAGGAGGAGCAACAAUUAGGGAAUGGCAAUUUUGGAGCUGAUAUUGUCUGUGCAGUCUGCAAACCUGGCCCAUCAUGUGGUCGGGGCGGCUCCUGUGCAGGUUGUGUGCAAACGAACUGCCCAGCUGGUGUUCUGGUAGGAAGUGAUGAACAAUCAGCAACAGGAAGCAGUUCUCUGACAGUGGCCUGCACCACGGACUCUUGGACACUGCCUCGUUCUGAAUUGGCAAGUUGCUUGAAACAAGAAAAUAAAAGUGGGCAAAGGAAUCGGCUGGGGGGUGAGGGUCCACAGAGUGACGUGGAGUACGAAAGUAGACAUCAGGAAGAACAAACGAUGGAAGAGCAGAAUGUGGCUAAGCUGCUUGUUGAGUUUCCCACAUUGGAAGUGCUGCUUGCAAAGUUCAUAUUGAGUGAUUGCCAGGGUGAUUUGGAAAAUGCCAAGCAGUACCUUAGAGAGUGGAUGCACACAACGAAUGCAAGACUCAAGAAGGUUCAGCAAGGCUUGAGAAUGAGUUCCGAGAGGCUGCAUGGUGUGGAACGGGUUGGUGGAAGGAAUGGCCGUGUGCUCAAGAGUUCUUCAGUGGGGGAUGUUGCAUCUAUCUCUGCACUUACAAUGAGUGAGCAACCUGUGACAGAGGGUGUCGUCACAAAGAGCAGGAAGAGAGGAGGAGCAGGGCGUUCAAAACAAGACCUGCUGGAUCCAACAAUAGAGGAACAGAAGGACAUGCUGAAGCAAUUGUCGAUAAGGCACAAUCAGAUUGCACAGGCUCACAAGAGGAAGAGCGAUGAGUGCCGCUCCAAAGCACAGAGCUGUUUCAGUGCUGGAGACUGCGAAACAGGAAGGACACUGAGUGAGACAUGCAAAGAGGCAGAUGAUUUGUUCCGUGAACAUUUAAGACUGGCCAAUGAAGCAGCCUUUGGCAGCAGCAAUGUUGACAAAGUCAAUGAAUACGUAGUUGACUUGCACGGCAUGCUCCUGCCUGAGGCCAUUGAAUCUGUAAAAAGGCAUUUGCAGGUGCUGCAGCAGACAGUGGAUGGGCUGAAGCCCAGCAGGGGACUAAGAGUGCGUAUUAUUACGGGGUGGGGAAAGAAUAGCAGGGGCCGGGAGCCUGUUCUCAGGCCAUACAUCAUGCAGUAUCUGCAGCACCUGGGUCAUUCCAGCCAGGUCGAGGAGGGGAAUGCGGGUGUGGUGUCUGUGGAUCUCCAACCAAGAUUCAUUGAAUGA